CCAGAUACCGGAAAUUGUAUCGUUACAUUUUCUAACUGACGACGAUUUCAGCGGAAAAACCAUACAGGUGCUACUGGGUUAAACGUGCGUAAUUUGCGUUCUUCAUGCAAUGCAUCUUUACGAUAUCAAUGCAUGCCGUUUGGCGCAAAAGGCAGAAGCGCGCGGGUACAGCGGGGUGGCGCGCACGCGGAAAACCGUGCAAGUGGGGCAUGCAUACACUUUAACCCCGCAGACCAACAAGCUGCUGUAGUCCGUAGCAGAUCCACGGCCAAACGACGUCUCGCUUUUUCUGCAAUAGCAUCACUGGAGCUGUAGGAGGUGGCCUUUGGGGAUAAAAACAAACGCACAAAUCUCUCACGUGAAGAGGCAGGUGCAUUUUCGCCUCGUCUUUCGUUUUCAUUUGCCAUCUGAUAUUCGACCGCAGUGUGGGAUAUGCAGCCUCUACUUGACAGAUGUGUGGUACCAGCGCCACAUCUGCAGCCUACAGAGUGGGUCUCCUCCCUACCCGUUGCUGAUCUGCUGUGGUCAGCUGAGGAGAACUGAGGCUGCAAACCUCAACAUCAUCAUCAUCAUCACCAUCAUCUCCCAACAUCUGCCACUUCAAACGCGUCGAAGCAAGAGGACUUUCGGGGUGAUCAAAGAGCAGCAGCAGUGACGGAGCACCUGUAGAGGAUGACUCCACGCUCGCGUGAGAGCAGCUUGACUGGCAGGGUGGCAGCGCUGUGGUAGCCCUGGAACGCAGCAGACACCUCUGAGGGGAUGGCUCGUCCGGGAUCGGGGAUGCUGUUGCCCGUCAACGGGCUGGGUUACCCCCCUCAGAACCUGGCCAGGGUGGUGGUGUGGGAGUGGAUGAACGAACACGGGCGCUGGAGGCCCUACAGCGCAGCGGUGUGCCACCACGUGGAGAAUGUGCUGAAGGGGGACGCCCGGGGAACUGUAGUGCUGGGGCAGGUGGAUGACCAGCUCUCCCCAUACGUCAUCGACCUGCAGUCCAUGCACCAGUUUCGACAGGACACAGGGACCAUGAGACCAGUGCAGAGGAACUUUUACGAGCCGUCGUCUGCUCCGGGGAAAGGCGUGGUGUGGGAGUGGGAGAACGACAGCGGCUCGUGGACGCCGUACGACAUGGAGAUCUGCGUGACCAUCCAGAACGCCUACGAGAAGCAGCACCCCUGGCUGGACCUGACGUCCCUGGGCUUCUGCUACCUCAUCGACUUCAACAGCAUGUGUCAGACCAACAGACAGAGCCAGCGCAAGCGCCGCCUGCGGAGGCGCAUGGACCUGGCCUUCCCGCUCAUCAUGGGCUCCAUCCCCAAGUCGCAGUCCUGGCCCGUGGGGGCCAGCUCCGGCCAGCCCUGCUCCUGCCAGCAGUGCAUCCUGGUGAACAGUACGAGGGCCGCCUCGAAUGCCAUCCUGGCGUCCCAGCGGCGGAAGCUCUACGGGGGGGCGGCGGGAAACCCGGGCGCCGCGGGAACGCUGGCGGCGGUGCGACAGAGCAACACCUUUGCCGGAGCGUCCCUCUGGUCGCCGACGUCCGCCUCCUGCGGCCCCAACAACGUCAACACGAGUGCGGGCGGCGGGCAGUCCAAAGCGGAGCAGGUGCAGCUGCCGCUGUCCUCCGCCAACUUCCCCUGUUCCCCCAUAAUGGCGUCUCUUUCGGCCGCCCACGGCCACCACGCCCUCACCAUCAACGGACAGAACAACCUGAACCGGCCGGGCACACAGCGCAUGUCCGUGGGCCCCGGCAGAGGAGCCGUCCCUCCGGGAGUUCCUGCCCUCCCAGUGAAGAACCUUACUGGAACUGGACCCGUGCACCCAGCGCUGGCAGGUAUGACAGGUAUCCUGAUGUGCGCUGCGGGUCUGCCGGUUUGCCUUACUCGGGCCCCCAAGCCCAUACUGCACCCACCACCCAUCAACAAGAGCGACAUGAAGCCUGUGCAAGGGAUCAACGGCAUGCGCCGCAAAACCAAGAAGAAGCACCUGAGGAGAGGCAAAAACCCAGAGGACGUGGUUCGAAGAUACACAGAGAAGAUUAAAGUGGUACCAGAUGAGGACUGUACCAUCUGCAUGGAGAGGCUGGUCAUGUCAUCGGGCUAUGAAGGCAUCCUGCAGCACAAAGGCAUCAAGCCAGAACUUGUGGGCAAACUUGGCAAGUGUGGACACAUGUACCAUCUGCUGUGCCUGGUGGCCAUGUACAACAAUGGCAAUAAGGACGGCAGUCUCCAGUGUCCAACAUGUAAAACCAUCUACGGGGAGAAAACAGGCACCCAGCCCCCCGGGAAGAUGGAGUAUCACGUCAUCCCCCACUGCCUGCCCGGCUACCCCGACUCAAAGACCAUCCGCAUCGUCUACGACAUUCCUGCUGGGAUCCAGACCAAUGAGCACCCCAACCCCGGGAAGAAGUUCAGUGCACGAGGGUUCCCUCGUCACUGCUACCUCCCUGACAACGAGAAAGGCAGAAAGGUCCUGAAGCUGCUGAUCAUGGCCUGGGACAGGCGCCUCAUCUUCACCAUCGGCACGUCCAGCACCACAGGCGAGUCGGACACCGUGGUGUGGAACGAGAUCCACCACAAGACAGAAUUCGGGUCCAAUCUGACCGGCCAUGGCUACCCGGACUCCAACUACUUGGACAACGUCCUAACAGAGCUCUCUGCCCAGGGGGUCGGUCAGGACAACGUGUAGGGUGGGGUGGGUGGGGGGGUGCCCCCCUCCCCCGUCUCCUGGAGAACAGGACCCAGCAUGACGGGCCAAUAAGUAGCCGACAACUCUUUACUUCCCACAAACGAAGACACCCUGCGGAGGUGGUGGCACACGAGCGGCAGAAGCAAAUUAACGUGGCUAUGGUCAAUAUUUUGUUUCGUAUAACAUAAGGCACCCCACCCCCACCCCCCCCC